UUUGCUCGCAUGCUACCAGUGGGAUGAGAAGAAGCAUGACUGACAAUAUAUAUUUUGUGAAGCCAAAUCUUUUCAAUUAGCUUAUUCUACGAGAGGGAUGUAUAGUAACCUAGGCCCAUCUGUGUGUCUGUGCCGAAGCGCGCAGAUGGUGCAAAUGACACAGUCAACCAACCUCGCUGUGAGUCUUGUGAUGGGUUAAUUAGCAUGGGCUGCAGAGCAACUCCUCCCGACUUAUUGGGCCUAGGUUAACGUAUGUGUUUGUAGGUAAGUUGCACAUCGCUAGUGUAACCGAUGUGAAAUGGCUAGCAGCCUUUCAGUCGGUGAUGUCACUUGUUCUGAAACCUUGAAAUAGUGGUUCCCCUUGCUCUGCAAGGGCCACAGCUUUAGUGGAGCGAUGGGUAACGAUUCUUCGUGGGUGACUGUUGUUGAUGUGUGUAGAGGGUCCCUGGUUCGCGCCCGUGUCGGGGCGAGGGGACGGACGCAAAGUUAAACUGUUACACUAGUAUAUUAUGGAAAUUGGCCUAGGUCUAUCUAGCAUGCAUUAAAUGACGUAAUAGUCCAAGCCAUAGUCAUACCUUAUAUGACAAGACACAGGAGGGUCCGAUAUAAAAAUAGAAAAUUAGAGCUAUUGGCCCAGAUCAUCCGACAAAAAAACAUUUUCUGACCAGAUAUUUUGCGGUGCUUGGUGAGACUCUUAGCGCCGUCUACACUGUUCUCUUGCAUUGAGGAAAUAUAACAUUUAUUGAAAGGGCCUAUUCCUAUUUUCUAUCCUAUUUACUCAAUGUCCACCACUGCCCUGCCUGAUCGGAGUAAUUGUUUGAUAGCGUUUUUUUGUUUUUACUUGACAACUGAAAUCUAAAUUCUGGUUGCCCGACAAAUGUAUUAUUCUUUUACUUGCCCGGACAAGCCUUAAUGUCGAGCCCUCCGUUAAUCAAUAGUAUGAGUCUGCAGUGAGUGCCCAUUUGAUCACCAACCCACUCAUUACACCACAAUAAAACGACUAACAAAGUCGUGACAUGCAAGUCAACCUGUACUUGAAAAGUAUUUCCAUAGCUUUGCUUGUUGGUCUGAAAAGGUUGACUUCACUGGCAGUAGUUUUGACUAAGUCGCCUUCUUGACUUAGUAGUCUCAUUCCAUCAAAUGCAUUUCUGCCGGACCUUGUAAAAGACGCUUAUAUUAUAUGUUGGAUCCCUUGAACCUUCCUUGAAUGACAUUGAAAACGAAACAAUUUAUUCAGACCAGUGUUUAAGUACUCGAGUCUAGCACAUGACUUGUGGGUCGCCUUCUCGACCACUGGUUGCCAGAACUUGCUUGGACUGGAUAGUCUAUGAUAAGCAGACUAUUAGCAGCACUAGAUGCAUAGUGCAGCGAGGGGUCUGGUCUGUUCAGCAGUGGUAAGGACACGCCACACAGCCUACAUCAAUGAGUAUGGGCAGACAGGCAGAGCUUCUCUGGCUCCGAUCAUACUAAUCGCGCAGGCAACUUCUGCUUGCCUGUAACUAAUCAGUCACCCGCCUUCUCGUUAGCUACCCUUAAGCCUGGUUCAGAAACAAGCGGUUUCACAAAAUUUAAAAUGAUAGCAUGGAUUUUAAUAGUAAAACAACUGUCUCACUAUGUUUGUCUCUCUCCUCGAGUAUAGAAAAGUAGGCCAUCGUUGAAUUUGUCAGUGACAGUGUUCAGCCAGGAGUUGAUUGGCAGUAGGAAGAACAUCUUACGCUUCGAACACACCGACUACGUCAUUGCAUCAAUGCAGCGUAACAUUUUUCGCAGCUAGGCAACUAUACUGAUGCAGGUACCUUUUGCAGAUGGUUACAUGCGGUAACACCAGAGAAUCCAGAUGCUCUUGUUGGUCUCUUACGAGACUAAGGUGAAUAUAUUUCUGAAACCAACAUGGAGAGAAUCCUUUUCGCAGUAUCCUCAAAACCUGUCUUUUUGACACAACUGCUGACAGCUACAGGGACAUAAACACAAAAAAUGCUGCUUGGAGACAAGUGUCCACGAUAGUAGGAUUGCCAGGUCAGUUUAGUAGUGAGCUUGUGCUAGAUGUGGCUAUUUAGCGUUAGCUAGCCUAGCCAAUGAGGUGUGUGUGUGAAAGAAAGUCAAAUAAAUUAUGCUAGUUACUACGCCUGAUAACUUUACCAACUAAUCAUGUUUGAAAGAGUGUGAGUGUGUAUGCUAGAUAAAUAGUAAUAGAAAUGGUAGAUACUACUGUACCCUUGAUAAUUUGGUCAGAUAACCGUGUGUGUGUGUGUGUGUGUGUGUGUGUGUACAGUAGGUGACAUGUCCAUGAUAGCUAUCAAAUAACUAUAGUUAUGCUAGGUAAUGGUUUGGCUUAUCAUGUUCAUGUCUAUGUAGGAGUACGUGCAGAGGAUUCAGGGACAGGUAUCAGAGAGAGAGAAGGGCAGAAAGAGAAGAAGAGGUCUGGGUCAGCAGCUUCAGGCCAGCAGCCUUGGUGCUUCUGCCACAUUCAUUCUUUUCUGGAUCCCUUUAUUGUGCCUAGGACAACGAGUGGCAAUUUGACAGCCAGACCCUCUACUACGUCAUCCACAAGUGUUGUCGCCACCGGUGCAUCAAGACCCUCAACGUCACCUACAAGUGCGACCAUCGCCUCCAUCGGUGCAACGAGACCCUCUACAACAUCAUCCACGAGUAUGAACACCACCGGUGCAGCCAUGGAAGAUGAAAUGGAGGAAGCACCUCUGGAUCUAGGACCACCUGAGAUUAUUAUGAACCUCAUGGAAGUGACCACUGAGGACCUCGUUGAACAGGAUGUGGCCGUGGAGAGAAACAGUCACACCAGGCGUCAUCGGAGGUACCAGCCCCCAGAUCCACUCAACUCAUUUCAGCAGAGGCUCCUCCAAGCCGUCGAGAGGGAUGCAGCCCAACCUGAUGCUCACAAGGAGGAUGAAGAGACCCUCUUUGCCAUGAGCCUGGUGCCAACCCUGAAGAGGCUGCCUCAGCAAAGAAAAGCAGCAGUCAAGGUUAAAAUGUAUCAGCUGCUUUUCGAAACCGAGUUCAAGGAGAUGGAGUCCAUUUAGCCGACCAGAUCACAGGAAGAGGACAGGAAGAGGAGUUGUCUGGGUGUUUUGACCUCCCUCAUUGUACCUUUCUUUUCACACACACGUCAGUUCCGUUUAAAUUCAUAAAGUAAUUUGUUUAUAAAGUCUUAGGAUAGCAUUCAUUAUUAGUGCUACAUAGAUUUCUGAAUUGACAGAAUUGAAACUCAUACACCGGAGAAUCCACAGAUGCUCUUGUUGGUUUCUUACGAGACUAAGGUGAAUAUAUUUCUUUCAUUUAAAACCACUUGAAAACCAGGGUGUUGAAACUGUUUGUGAAGUUGGUCCAUGACAUCCAGGGGCCAGUUGUUUGUUUAGCUGUGUUAUGGCUACACAUUAUUUCAUUUUUUACAGAGAGAGACACAUACACCUCUUCUCUACUUCUCUGUCCCUCAGAUCUCCAGUACCCUGCCCUCUCUUUAUGGGCAUGUCUGAAGUUCCCCUACUAUGUCUAAGCUUUAUGAGUAGUCCCUGUAUCGGUCUGCAGUUGUGCCAAAAAUACAUGCUCUUGUUCUUACAGAUUACAGGCUACACAUUCAUUAUUAUAUUAUUUUUUUUCUCCCACACACACACACCUUUCAAUAGUUCUAUAUAUUUUUUUUUUUAUGUAUAUUUUUUAUAAACACACAUACCUGUCACGUUCUUUCCUGUACUUGAAUACUUAUUAAUAAACAACUGCCUAUGAAAACAUAA